AUGCACGUGUCUCAGGGCGACAUAAUCCGACCUGAUCCUCCUAAUGGCUCAUUACACAUAGUAAUGCUCAGCACCGGCAUCGGGAAGGGCCUACUGUCACUGACCAUCCGUCCUCCGGUGAUAAGCGACGGUGGUAGCGACGCGGGAAUUCAUGGCCACGUGACUGCGGCACGGAAAAACGCAGGUGUCAGCAAAAGUCGACGACCACAGGUCACAGUCCAGGUAUACGCCGACGAAGGUCCAAAGUCCCCCGGGUGGUACACUGUGUUCUCGGGCGAUGACAGAAAGCAGACCGGCUGGCCUGUGGCGGCAGACUACGGUGACGUCGACGACCAGUAUUGCGAGCGGCAAAAACUGCCGCGUAAAUAG